AUGAAAUCUGCUAAUAAAAGUAUUUCAGAUAUAUUUUUUCUGAAUCAACGAACCCCAUUAAGUGAUAUUAAAAAUUAAUCAACUUAUUUAGAUUAUUAUGAAGAGCAUUAAUAAUAAAUAUAGGUGCUUGAAAAAAAACUAUUAGAAUAACAAAAUAUUAAUUCAAAAUAAGCAGAAGAAAUAGAAUCAUUAAAAAGCGAUGUUCAAAUUGCUAAAAAAUUAAUAGAUUCUACAUAAAAUCAAUUAGAUUAAUUUUAUCAAGAAAUGAAGUAAAAAGAAGAAUAAUUAUAUAAUUUUGAAAAACAAAUAAGAGAAAAGGAAAUGGAAUUAAUAAAUAAAGAAUUAUCAUUAGUAAAUAGAUAAACAUAAACAGAAGAGACUUUUAUUUAAUCUAAUUAAGAAAAUAUAGAACCAGAACCAUAAAUUGAUAUUGAUAUUGCUCGACAUUUAUUUGAAAAAAGAAUUCAUAAAGAAUAUAAAGCAAUAUUAGAAAAAUAAUAAGAAUUAUAAGCAAGAGAAAAUGCUAUAAUUUUUAGAGAAAAUAAAAUUAAAGAAUUUAUGAGUAAACUAUCAUCUUAAAUGUGA